AUUUUCCUUCUCCUCCACCUCUUUUCGCUCCGCACGACUGCUGAACCAGAGCCCAUUGACAGUCUUUUCCCUCGUAUCGGUGCGAGGAUAACUUAUUUGUUCCACAAUGGCCGAGACUCACACCACCGAGGUUGUUGACUACACCUUGAACAACCCCGAUACUCUCACCAAGUACAAGACUGCUGCUCAGAUCUCCCACAAAGUCCUUGAGGCUGUCUCAGCGCUAUGUGUUGAGGGAAGCAAGGUUGUCGAAAUCUGCCAGGCGGGCGACAAGCUCCUGGAAGAGGAGAUUGCCAAAGUCUACAAGGGCAAGAAGAUCACAAAGGGCAUCGGCCACCCCACAACGGUCUCUCCAAGCUCUUAUGUGACUCCAUAUACCCCCUUGGUGUCCGACACACAGGAGGCCGAGACUGCCCUGAAGGCUGGCGAGCUCGUCAAGAUCCAGCUUGGUGCCCAGAUCGAUGGAUUCGGAACCAUCGUUUGCGACAUGGUUGUUGUCGGAGCUUCAGAGGUCACCGGUCGUGAAGCCGACCUCAUCCAUGCCACUUACUAUGCUAACGAGCUUCUUCUGAGACUCAUGGUCCCCCCUGGUCUGCUCGCCUCUGGCACCGACGAAGAGAAGAAGAAGGCUGCCGCAGAGAAGCCUCCUACCCAGGCUCGCAUCACCCAGCUGAUUGAGAAGGUUGCUAAGACCUACGACUGCAAUGUGGUUGAGAACACUACUAGCUGGAUGUUCGAGCGCAACGAAAUUGAAGCCGAGAAGAAGAUCAUUAUCUCCCCCGGAUCUGGCGUCAAGGGUGAGGGUGUUCCCGCCGUUGGUGAGGUCUGGGGUGUUGAGAUUGGCCUCUCCCUCGGAUCUGGAAAGGUGAAGACACUGCCUCUUCGUUCUACUCUGCACCGACGCACCACCACAACAUACCAGCUCAAGAGACCUAGCUCCAGACAGACUCUCUCCGAGGUUGUCAAGAAGUUCGGACAGUUCCCCUUCAGCUUGCGACAACUGGAGGAUGAGAAGGCCGCCAAGGUUGGCGUUGUCGAGUGUGUCCGUGGAGGUGUCCUGAGGCAGUAUGAGCCCGCUGGCGAUGCUGAAAACGCCACAGUUUCCCGCCUUCUGACCACUGUUGCUAUUACAAAGAACGGUCUCACUAGACUUGCAGCUCCUACUGCUCCCGACUUCGAGAAGGUCAAGUCGGACAAGAAGAUCGAGGAUGAAGAAAUCCUCAAGAUCCUCGAGGCUCCUCUGUCCAAGUCCACUGGAAACAAGAAGAGCAAGAACAAGAAGAAGAAGGCUGCCAAGAGCGACGAGGAGUAGAUAUAAGAUUCGAUUGGAUUUAACUAUGCUAUAUCUACGAGACCAUUUGAUGGCCUCACCUCGGACUAUGGCCUGAGGCCGUGACGCGGCCUGUUCGGACAAGCCGGAAGUGGAGAAGUUUCUUACUGUUGGGAGAGAGAGAAACCCCGCGGGCAUUUAGCAGGAUUGGUGUUAUAACGCGCUCUUCCUCUCCUAUAUGCCCGGUGGGAAUCUUUGUCACAUAAUGCAUUAAAAAAAGUGAAAAGCCACAUGGAAGUCACAUGUGGCCUGAAGAUAGCAAAAGGAAAAAAAAAACACGAGUUCUGCUUCCGA